CGGUAGCCAGAGAGCGAAACCAGGCGUCGGGGGGAGACCUCGGCCCUCGGGGCGGACUCGCGCCUGACCCUCGAUGCACCUCAGGGGCCGCCCACGCCGUCAGCACCGAGCGGCCAGGCGGGCUGGGCAGCGGCGCCCGGAGCCCGGCAACCUCUCCGCCCCCUCUCGUCGCUGCCGGUCCCCGCCCGGGCCGGAUUCCAGGGCCCGCCACCGCCGCCGCCCGCGCCGCCGCCUCCGCGGCUUGUCCCUCGCCGCCCGCCGUAGCCCGGCUCUCGGCAGGUCGCCGUUUCCAAGAUGGCCGCGGCGCGAGCGGCUCCUGCGGCGGGCUAGAGGCAGAGGCGGAGGCGGAGCCGAGUCACUCCCGCAGUUUCGGGGCCCUCGUCCCCCGGCCAGGCUGCAACUUACUGCUUGCCGCUGCCGUGCGGGGUUCCGCGCACGGAUGAGAGAAGCAGCCGCCGCCGCGCUGGUCCCCCCUCCCGCCUUCGCCGUCACUCCUGCUGCCGCCAUGGAGGAGCCGCCGCCGCCGCCGCCGCCGCCGGAGCCCGAGCCCGAACCCGAAUCCGAAUCGGAACCCGAGCCCAAGCCGGAAUGCUGCCUGGCGGCGAGGCAAGAGUGCAAGUUGGAAGAUACAGCUUGCAAAACUCCUGAAUCUGAUCCAGAGGAUUUUUUAGAUGAAUCAAAUACCGAAAAUCUUUACAGCACCUCUCCCCCCAGCACACCUCGCCAGAUGAAGCGUUUGUCAACCAAACACCAGAGGAAUAAUGCGGGGAGGCCUUCCACUCGUGCGAAUUUGAAAGAAAAAAUGAAUGCACCAAAUCAGCCCCAACAUAAAGACACUGGAAAAGCAAUGGAGAAUGUGGAAGAAUACAGCUAUAAGCAUGAGAAAAAGGCUCGGGCGACUCUUAGAACAACAGAGCGAGAUCAUAAAAAAAAUGUUCAGUGCUCAUUCAUGUUGGACUCAGUGGGCGGGUCUUUGCCAAAAAAAUCAAUUCCAGAUGUGGAUCUCAAUAAGCCUUACCUCAGCCUUGGCUGUAGCAACGCUAAGCUUCCGGUAUCUGUGCCCAUGCCUAUAGCCAGAACUGCACGCCAGACUUCUAGGACUGACUGUCCAGCAGAUCGUUUAAAGUUUUUUGAAACAUUACGACUUUUGCUAAAACUUACCUCAGUCUCAAAGAAGAAGGACAGAGAGCAAAGAGGACAAGAAAAUACAUCUGCUUUCUGGUUUAACCGAUCCAAUGAACUGAUCUGGUUAGAGCUGCAAGCUUGGCAUGCAGGACGGAGCAUUAAUGACCAGGACCUCUUUUUAUAUACAGCCCGCCAAGCCAUCCCAGAUAUUAUCAAUGAAAUUCUUACUUUUAAAGUUAAUUAUGGGAGCUUUUCUUUUGUCAGAAAUGGAGGUAGUUUUAAUGGUACUUCAAUAGAAGGUCAGUGCAAAGCCCCCCAUAGAGCAAAGAUUGUGGGUUACUCAACAUAUCACGAUCAUCUCCAACGCCAGCGGGUCUCAUUUGAGCAGGUAAAACGGAUAAUGGAGCUGCUAGAGUACAUAGAAGCACUUUAUCCAUCGUUGCAGGCUCUUCAAAAGGACUAUGAAAAAUAUGCUGCAAAAGACUUCCAGGACAGGGUGCAGGCACUCUGCUUGUGGUUAAACAUCACAAAAGACUUAAAUCAGAAAUUAAGGAUUAUGGGCACUGUUUUGGGCAUCAAAAAUUUAUCAGACAUUGGCUGGCCAGUGUUUGAAAUCCCUUCUCCUCGACCAUCCAAAGGCAAUGAACCAGAAGAUGAGGGAGAUGACACAGAAGGAGAAUUAAAAGAGUUGGAAAGUAGUAUGGAUGAAAGUGAAGAAGAGCAAAUCUCUGAUCUUAGUGUACAAAAGAUCAGACAGCCCACUGAGAACAGUUUUGACAUUCAGUCACGGGACUAUUUAUCAAAGAAGUUUGAAAGGCUUGAAUCUGAGGAGGAUUCUGCUGGCUGGGGAACACCAGACUUUAGUACAGAAGCAGGCCUUGGUAGACAUUGUCUGACUUCUAUUUAUAGACCAUUUGUGGACAAAGCACUGAAGCAGAUGGGGUUGAGAAAGUUAAUUUUAAGACUUCACAAGCUAAUGGACGGUUCCCUGCAAAGGGCACGUGUAGCGUUGGUAAAGAGUGAUCAUCCAGUGGAGUUUUCAGAAUUUCCAGAUCCCAUGUGGGGUUCAGACUAUGUGCAGUUGUCAAGUUCACCACCUUCCUCUGAGCAAAAAUGCAGCACUGUAUCAUGGGAAGAGCUCAGAUCUAUGGAUUUACCAUCGUUUGAACCUGCCUUCUUGGUCCUCUGUCGAGUCCUUCUUAAUGUUAUACAUGAGUGUCUGAAAUUAAGAUUGGAACAGAGACCUGCUGGGGAACCAUCUCUGUUGAGUAUUAAGCAGCUGGUAAGAGAAUGUAAAGAGGUCCUCAAGGGUGGCCUUUUGAUGAAGCAGUACUACCAGUUCAUGCUGCAUGAGGUUUUAGAUGACUUGGAGAAGACUGACUGCAACAUAGACGCCUUUGACGAGGAUCUCCAUAAAAUGUUGAUGGUAUAUUUUGAUUACAUGAGAAGCUGGAUCCAAAUGCUACAGCAGUUACCUCAGGCAUCCCAUAGUUUAAAAAAUCUGUUGGAAGAAGAAUGGAAUUUCACCAAAGAAAUAACUCAUUACAUACGGGGAGGAGAAGCACAGGCUGGAAAACUCUUCUGUGACAUUGCAGGAAUGUUGCUGAAAUCUACAGGAAGUUUUUUAGAAUUUGGCUUACAGGAGAGCUGUGCUGAAUUUUGGACCAGUGCUGAUGACAGUAGUGCUUCAGAUGAAAUAAGGAGAUCUGUUAUAGAGAUAAGUCGAGCCCUGAAGGAGCUCUUUCAUGAAGCUAGAGAAAGGGCCUCCAAAGCACUUGGAUUUGCUAAAAUGUUAAGGAAGGACCUGGAAAUAGCAGCAGAAUUCGUACUUUCAGCCCCAGUUAGAGACCUUCUGGAUGUUCUGAAAUCAAAACAGUAUGUCAAGAUACAAAUUCCUGGGUUAGAAAACUUGCAAGUAUUUGUUCCAAACACUCUCGCUGAGGAGAAGAGUAUUAUAUUGCAGUUACUCAAUGCAGCCGCAGGAAAGGACUGUUCUAAAGAUUCAGAUGAAGUACUAAUUGAUGCCUUUCUGCUGCUGACCAAAAAUCAUGAUUCAGAUGAUGUCUGGGGCACGUGGGAAGAGCAGCCUGUCAAAGUUGUGCCUCAGGUGGAGACGGUUGAUACCCUGAGAAGCAUGCAGGUGAAUAAUCUUUUACUAGUUGUCAUGCAGUCUGCCCAUCUCACAAUUCAGAGAAAAGCUUUCCAGCAGUCCAUUGAAGGACUCAUGACUUUACGCCAGGAGCAGACAUCCAGUCAGCCAGUCAUUGCCAAAGCUUUGCAACAGCUAAAGAAUGAUGCGUUAGAGCUGUGUAACAGGAUAAGUGAUGCUAUUGACCGAGUGGACCACAUGUUCACAUCAGAAUUUGAUGCUGAAGUCGAUGAAUCGGAAUCUGUCACGCUGCAGCAGUACUACCGAGAAGCAAUGAUUCAGGGAUAUAAUUUUGGGUUUGAGUAUCAUAAAGAAGUUGUUCGUUUGAUGUCUGGGGAGUUUAAACAGAAGAUAGGAGACAAAUAUAUAAGCUUUGCCCGGAAAUGGAUGAAUUACGUCCUAACUAAAUGUGAGAGUGGUAGAGGUACAAGACCCAGGUGGGCAACUCAAGGAUUUGAUUUUCUACAGGCCAUUGAACCUGCCUUUAUUUCAGCUUUACCAGAAGAUGACUUCUUGAGCUUACAGGCCUUGAUGAAUGAAUGCAUUGGCCAUGUCAUAGGAAAGCCACACAGCCCUGUCACAGGUUUGUACCUUGCUAUUCAUCGGAACAGCCCCCGUCCUGUGAAGGUGCCUCGAUGCCAUAGUGACCCUCCUAACCCGCAUCUAAUUAUCCCAACUCCAGAGGGAUUCAGCACUCGGAGUGUGCCUUCGGAUGCACGGAGCCACGGCAGCCCCGCUGCUGCUGCCGCUGCCACUGCUGCCGGCCGCCCCGGCCCCUCUGGCAGCGACUCGGCACCACCCAAGCCCACCAGCAGUGCCCACGAUGCCAGGGGUUCCAGCGUCCCUGAAAAUGAUCGAUUGGCUUCCAUAGCUGCUGAAUUGCAGUUUAGGUCCCUGAGUCGUCACUCAAGUCCUACGGAAGAGCGAGACGAACCAGCAUAUCCAAAAGGUGAUUCAAGUGGAUCAACACGAAGAAGUUGGGAGCUUCGGACGCUUAUCAGCCAGACUAAGGACACGGCAUGCAAACAAGGACCCAUAGAAGCUGUUCAGAAGUCAGUUCGAUUGUUUGAAGAAAAGAGAUAUCGAGAAAUGAGGAGAAAGAAUAUCAUAGGUCAAGUUUGUGACACCCCUAAAUCCUAUGAUAACGUUAUGCAUGUUGGCUUGAGGAAGGUGACCUUCAAAUGGCAGCGAGGAAACAAAAUUGGGGAAGGGCAGUAUGGGAAGGUCUAUACUUGUAUCAGUGUCGACACUGGUGAAUUAAUGGCUAUGAAGGAGAUUCGAUUUCAGCCUAAUGACCAUAAAACCAUCAAGGAAACUGCAGACGAAUUGAAAAUAUUUGAAGGCAUCAAGCACCCCAAUCUGGUUCGGUAUUUUGGUGUGGAGCUUCAUAGAGAAGAAAUGUAUAUCUUCAUGGAGUACUGUGAUGAGGGCACGCUGGAAGAGGUGUCGAGGCUGGGACUUCAGGAGCAUGUUAUUAGGCUGUAUUCCAAGCAGAUCGCCAUCGCCAUCAAUGUUCUGCACGAGCAUGGCAUAGUGCAUCGGGACAUUAAAGGUGCCAAUAUCUUCCUUACCUCAUCUGGACUGAUCAAACUGGGAGAUUUUGGAUGCUCAGUAAAACUUAAGAACAAUGCACAGACCAUGCCCGGUGAGGUGGAUAGCACACUGGGGACAGCAGCAUACAUGGCUCCUGAAGUUAUUACCCGUGCUAAAGGAGAAGGCCAUGGACGUGCUGCAGAUAUCUGGAGUCUGGGCUGUGUGGUAAUAGAAAUGGUAACUGGGAAGAGGCCUUGGCAUGAAUAUGAACACAACUUUCAAAUUAUGUAUAAAGUGGGAAUGGGACAUAAGCCGCCAAUCCCUGAAAGAUUAAGUCCUGAAGGAAAGGACUUCCUUUCUCACUGCCUUGAAAGUGAUCCAAAGAUGAGAUGGACAGCCAGCCAGCUCCUCGACCAUUCAUUUGUCAAGGUUUGCACAGAUGAAGAAUGAAGCUGAUCAGAUGUGGCCUAGUCGCGUUAUGUUCUCAGAAAAUUCUCUUAAUCACUACUGUAUGUAAUAUUUACAUAAAGACUGUGCUGAGAAGCAGUAUAAGCCUUUUUAACCUUCCAAGACUGAAGACUGCACAGGUGACAAGCGUCACUUCUCCUGCUGCUCCUGUUUAUUUUACUUGGCACAGGACCCUCCUGUGUGACAGCGUCCACGAGGCUAAAGAAGCUGCAUGUUAAGUGCCAUUACUACUGUACAUGGACCAUCGCCUUUGUCUUCUGUUUCUCGUGUGACUGAGAACCAUAGUAUCGAUGUAGUGUUUUUGACCUUCCUAGGUUCAAAAGAAGCUGUAGUGUUAUCAGGCGUUCUGGACCUUGUUUUUUAAUCUCAUGUUUGUCGAGUGCACUGACUGUGAAACCUCACCUUUUGUUGUUGUUGGCAAGCUUCAGAUUUGUUAUGCAAAAGACUGAUUGAUGAAAUUUAAGAAAAGGUUCUUUUUUCAAUAAAUGGUUUAUUUUAGGAAAACUCA